AUGCAGGUGGUGCGGGAGCAGAUCACUCGGGCUCUGGCCAUGAAGCCGUCGUCUCUGGAUCAACUCAAAAACAAACUCCGGGCUUUGAACUAUUCCGAAAUCCUGCGUCUGCGUCAGUCCGAGCGCAUGAGCCAGGACGACUUCCAGUCCCCUCCGAUCAUUGAGUUGCGUGAGAGGAUCCAACCUGAGAUCCUGGAGCUGAUCAAGCAACAGCGACUGAACCGUCUGUGUGAAGGCAGCUGCUUCAGGAAGCUGGGAAACCGGAGACGACAAGAGAAGUUCUGGUUCUGUCGUCUUUCCCUCAACCACAAAAUGCUGCACUACGGAGACCUGGACGAGUCUCCUCAGGGGGAGGUGCCAUUCGAGCUGCUCAGCGACAAGAUCCCAGUGUCGGACGUGAAGUCUGUGGUGACGGGAAAAGACUGUCCUCACAUGAAGGAGAAGAGCGCGCUCAAACAGAACAAGGAGGUGCUGGAGUUGGCCUUCUCCGUCCUCUAUGACCCCGACGAGACGCUCAACUUUGUAGCACCAAAUAAGUACGAGUACUGCAUCUGGACUGACGGCCUGUGUGCGCUGCUGGGGAGGGAGAUGGGCAGUGACCUGACGCGCUCGGACCUGGACACUCUGAUCAGUAUGGAGAUGAAGCUCCGCCUCCUGGACCUGGAGAACAUCGCCAUCCCAGAAGCCCCGCCCCCUGUACCCAAAGAACCCAGCUCCUACAACUUCAACUACAACUACAGCUGA